AUGACAAAAACAAAGGAGGUUGAUGUCCACAACUCUCCGACUCACCUCUGCUUCGCCUCGCCCAAGGAACGGAGACUCCAUCUCCGGCACAAGAUGGAAAGCGGAGGCGGGACGGAGAGCUCGGAGCAGCAGCAGAACUCCCGGCCCGAACCCGCGGAGCUCCCUGCGGGGCUGUCCGCUCAGCCUCCCGGGGAGAAGAAGAAGAUAAACCGGGCCCCGUCCCCGGCCAGACCCAAGGAUGUGCCCGGCUGGUCGCUCACCAAGAUCCGCGGCGGGAUCGGGACCCCGACCCUGAGCGUCAAGCCGGGGUCCAUCCAUCUGGGCAGCCGCAUCUCCAGGCGCAGCCCCGUGGGGAGCCUGGCAGGGAAGGACGGCAAGGCGGAGAAAUGUGGAGGCGGCAAACCGGCGGGUAAAUCCUCCAUCUCCGGGGGGCUGUUGUCCAAAACCUCCAAGGCGGCCAAGAGCACCGGCGGGAGGAGGAAGGUGUCGGACGCCAGCAUCGGAUCCGACGAUUUAUCCAAAGACUCCGGAUGCGCCCCGGGGAAGCUCUCCCCCACCGACAGCAGCUCCGAGCUGUCCGACUGCGCCUCGGAGGAGAACAAACUCUCCGCGGACGCAGCGAGCAGCGACGCCGAGUCGAGGAGCAGCAGAGGCGGCGGGCUGGACGCGGAGAAGCCGCCGAUCAGGGACGGAUCCUCCGCGGACAGAGCGAGCCAGCCGGCCGCCGCCGCCGCCAGGAGCGCAGAGAAGGACCGGCUCUCCCUGGGCAUGGACACCGGGGAGGGCAGCAUUUCGCCCGGGGAGGAGCGCUCGGUCACGUCGUUUGACAGCAGGGUGCCCGCCAGCACGUCUCUGGCGUUCUCAGACCUCACAGAGGAGUUUAUGGACGGCAUGCAGGAGGAGUUCGUCCGAGAGAUCGAGGAGCUGAGGUCCGAGAACGAUUACCUCAAAGACGAGAUGGAGGAGCUGAGGUCUGAGAUGCUGGAGAUGAGGGACAUGUACAUGGAGGAGGACGUUUACCAGCUGCAGGAGCUACGGCAACAGCUGGAGCAGGCCAACAAGACCUGCCGCAUCCUGCAGUACCGGCUGAGGAAGGCAGAGCGGCGCUCUCUCCGAGUGGCCCAGACGGGGCAGGUGGACGGAGAGCUGAUCCGGACGCUGGAGCAAGACGUCAAAGUGGCGAAGGACGUCUCCAUCCGUCUCCACAGCCAGCUGGACAGCGUGGAGAAGAAAAGGAGUCACCUGGACCAGGAGAACGAGGAGCUGAGGGUCCGACUGCAGGACCUGGAGGUCGCCAAGCAGGUUCUGCAGCAGGAGAUCGACAAGGACCAGGCUGCUGAUGUGGGUCAGGGUUGGACGGAUGGUUGGGUCGCUGGCAGGGGAUGUAGGUCUGUCUGCUCGGGUCUGACUGGACUCUGUGUUCCCUGAAUGCCGGUGAGCUGUUUGUAGACGGCUGGAAAAUCAUCACUCUGUCUUUUGGCUUUUGUCUUUGACUAAUGAAUGUAAAAUCUUGAUUAUAGUCCCUUGCAGACAUUGUUGUUAUUAGUCGCUAUUAUACUUUUCUAGUCCACUUGGAGGACUUCACUCCAUACA